AUGGCGACCCCCGCUCACCUAAAACUCGUCUCGCUCGCUCUCCUAUUAGCCUCGUUUUCCUGGUCCAUGGCGGCGCCACCACCAUCCGUCCUGGAAGAACAGGCGGGAGCCCUCCUCACCUGGAAAGCCACCAUACAAAACCCCCCAGCCCAGCUCCAGUCCUGGGGAAACACCACAACUCGGCCAUGCGGCUGGUACGACAUCAAGUGCGGCAAUCAUCCAGCUGCGAGGCACCAGGAGGUGGUGAUCACCGAGAUCUCUCUCCGGGGUUUGCGGCUGAGAGCGAGGUUGGACACCCUCAACUUCACGGUGUUGCAUACUCUCACGAGUAUCCGACUACCCUACAAUCAGAUAAGCGGCUCCUUUCCACCCGCUUUAGCAUCAUCCUUGCCAAACCUGCGGCAUCUAAUGCUCCAGGGGAAUGAACUCUACGGGCAAAUACCAAACCAAAUAGAGCACCUAGAGAGUCUCGUGGGGCUGAACUUGUCAUACAACCACUUGUGUGGCCUCAUCCCCACAGAAGUAGGCUACCUAAGGAAGUUGCUUAGCUUGGAUCUUAGCGAAAAUAAACUUACGGGUUCCAUCCCCAAUACCUUUGGGAGUUUGACCAAGCUCACUAUCUUGUACCUAUGGGGUAACCAACUCUCCGGACAUAUUCCUCAAGAACUAGGUUACCUUGUGAACCUAGAAGAUUUGGGACUUGGGGAAAACAAGCUCAUGGGUUCCAUCCCGAACACCUUUGGAAAUUUGACCAAGCUCACUACCUUAAUGCUUUAUGGUAAUCAAUUCUCCGGACACAUUCCAAGAGAAAUUGGCACCUUGAUGAAGCUCAAAAGCCUACAACUUCAUGAUAACAAUCUCUCUGGUCCCUUGCCACCUGAAUUGUGCACUGGAGGCAUGCUGAAGAACUUAAGCGCAUUCGAAAACAAUCUCAAUGGACCUUUGCCAUCAAGUUUGGUGAGCUGCAGAAGCCUUGUUAGAGUUCGUCUUGAAAGGAAUCAAAUAGACGGAGAUAUUUCUGAGAUGGGAGCUUAUCCAAAUCUAGUCUACAUAGAUAUGAGCUCAAAUAAACUAUUUGGUCAAUUUUCUUAUCACUGGGGGGAUUCCCACAAUCUUACGAUGCUACGCAUCUCAAACAACAACCUUACAGGGGAAAUACCCACAAGCAUGGGGCAACUAUCUCAACUAGAGUUACUUGAUCUUUCAUCAAACAAGCUUGAAGGAGAGCUUCCAAGUGCACUAGGAAAUCUAAAAAAUGUGUUCAACCUGAACCUUGCACACAAUUUGCUCCAUGGAAGCAUUCCACGAGAAAUGGGAGCAUUGUCCAAACUAGAGUUGUUGGAUUUGUCGUCCAAUAACCUAAAUGGUUCGUUAGAAGAUUCGCUCGAGCAUUGUUUGAAGCUUCGUUUUUUGAAGUUGAAUCAAAAUAACUUCAAAGGAAACAUCCCCGGCGAGCUAGGGUCAUUGCACAACUUACAAGACCUAUUGGAUUUAAGUGAUAAUUCAUUUAGUGGGGCAAUACCAAGCAUACUUAGUGGUCUGGUCAUGCUAGAUACUCUGAAUAUUUCACACAAUGAACUUACUGGUUCUAUCCCAGCAACAUUUAAUAGUAUGGAAAGCUUGACAUCCAUUGAUGUAUCUUACAAUGAAUUGGAAGGGCCGGUCCCAGACAGUAAGCUCUUUCAAGGAGCUCCAAUCCAGUGGUUCGUGCAUAAUAAUUUUCUAUGUGGUGUGGUGAAAGGAUUGCCCCCUUGUAGUAGUGUGAAUCAGUCCAGAGGAAAAUGGGAAGGAUACAAAAUACGUGUACUAGCCACGGUUCCUACUCUAAUAUCUCUUGUUCUUAUUGUGGUGAUAUUGAUGUUCUGUCAUGAAAGAAAGAAAACCAAGCUAAGUAACACCGAUGAAGUAACACAAGCAAAAGUCUUCUCUAUUUGGAGUUUUGAUGGGGCAAACGUGUUCAAGCAAGUCAUCGAAGCAACCAACAAUUUUAGCGAGAUGCAUUGCAUAGGAACUGGGGGACAUGGAUCUGUCUAUAAAGCUAGACUUGCAACAUGCGAAAUAUUUGCAGUGAAGAAGAUAAACAUGAUAGAAGAUGAGUGUUGCGUCAAUGAACAUGUCUACAAUCGUGAAAUCAAGGCACUGGUGCAGAUUCGUCAUCGAAACAUUGUAAAACUUUUUGGGUAUUGUUCCUCUGGCCAAGGGAGGUUCCUUAUCUAUGAAUAUAUGGAGAGAGGAGACUUGGCAAAAUCACUGAAGGACAAUGAAAGGGCAAUUGAAUUGGAUUGGAGAAGGCGGAUGCAUAUUAUGCUGGAUGUGGUUCAUGCUUUGGUAUAUAUGCAUCAUGAUUGUUCGUCACCGAUAGUCCAUAGGGAUAUAACAAGCAACAACAUUUUGCUUGAUCUAGAAUUUAGAGCUUGCAUCUCUGACUUUGGUACAGCCAAAAUUCUCGAUAUUUAUGGCCAGAAUCUCACAAGGCUUGCUGGGACAAAAGGCUAUCUUGCCCCAGAGCUAGCAUAUACAGAAAACGUGACGGAGAAAUGUGACGUAUACAGCUUUGGAGUGCUUGCUUUGGAGCUGUUUAUGGGAUCUCAUCCAGGAGAUUUGCUCUCAUCCCUCUCGUUGACCGCCAAUACCAGUGAUGUGUGCCUGCAAGAUCUGCUGGACCCCAGGCUUGUUCUUCCAGAUGCUGAGACUGCUAGGGAAAUAUACCGCAUGCUCAGUGUAGCAGUUCGGUGCCUGGAGCCGAGUCCAUCCCGCAGGCCAACGGCAGCACGUGCCAGUGAUGAGCUAUCUACGAUUAAAGCUGGUGAAGAUCAGGUUGAUUAUUUGCAGGCUGGCAUCACCUUUCCUGCGCUGUAG